AAAUGGCGGGUCCGUAUUUGUCUCCGUUGCCAGGAGAUUUGUUGACAGAGUACAUGUUCGGGAGGCGACGGCAGCGUCGGAACAGGACCACGUUUACUCCGCAGCAGCUGAGCGAGUUGGAGUCGCUGUUCCAGAAGACGCACUAUCCUGAUGUGUUCCUUAGGGAGGAGGUGGCGCUGAGGAUCAGCCUGUCGGAGGCUAGAGUGCAGGUGUGGUUCCAGAACCGUCGCGCGAAGUGGCGCAAACAGGCGCGGCUGCAGCUGCUGCAAGACGCGUGGCGCAUGCGCUGCCUCGGCCUGGGCACUCAGCUUACACCCGGUCACACCAAACCUCCAGACUCAUCGCCGGAAGGCCCCGACUCUCCCUCUGGCAAAGAUUCACCAGAGCCUCCCGUCUCCAUGGAGAACUCUGAAAUGAAGUCACCACGCCCUGAACAAUACCACCACAACACCAACAUGACGGAACCCAUGCCUCCCAUGCCGCCAAUCCAUGACAUCCCACCUCCAAUGCCAUACGCAAACGACGAAAGAAUGCUACAACAGCCAAGCUUCCCUUUUCCACCACUCCUCAUGCAACAGCCCCCACAAAUGGAAAACGAGAACGUACCAACAGACCUUAGAAUGUCAAAGAAUUGCCCGUGUGCUGUUGAUAUGGAUGAGCCUCAAAAUCUAGCGUACAGACAGAGGACCGAAGCUAAAGAGAGCGAAAGUGACAGCGAUACAGAAAUCGAUCUCACGUCUCAUUCUUCCAAAGAUGAUGAUUUGCGAGAAUCGGAAAGGCUCGCUAACAGAAUUGCGACAAGUAUUUUCAGAAGUGAUACGGUGUUGCAUGACUUAGUACCGAACGAUCUCAGUCUUGGAGUGAAAAAUGCUAGUAACGAUAGAAGUAUUAGCAGAAGUAAUUUGUAAAUUGUGAUUAAGUUUAACUUUGGAACUGUAAUCCAUGUUGAAAUAGAUAAUUACAUAGAACC